AUGGACCCUAAAUACCUCUGUCAUCAUCUCACAGACAACCUGCCUCCUGUGUUCCAGGCCCCCUCCAGCCAGCUGCUGACAUUUAGUGGGGAGAAUUUUGUUUACCAGUUAAUAGCAGCGGAUCCGGAAGGGUCAGCUGUGCUAUUCAUCUUAGAAGCUGGGCCACAGGAUGCCAGGCUCUCUCCUGCUGGCCUUCUUAUCUGGAAAGUUGACUCAGAAGAAAUGCAGACCUUUGAAUUCACUGUGUCGGAUGAAUGUAAUGCACAGAGCAGAUACUCUGUUGAGGUUGGAGUGAAGCCCUGCAGCUGCCUCAAUGGUGGAACAUGUGUUACAAAUAUUAAAUUCCCUCCAGGCCUUGGUGAAUACCUGUGCUUAUGUCCAAAUGGAUUUGAUGGAGAACUUUGCCAGGAAGAUACUAAUGACUGCAAAUCAAACCCCUGCGGCAGCGGAACAUGCGUGGACAGCGUGGAUAGCUACAUUUGUGAAUGUCCCCCUGGUUUGGGAGCUGUGCUUGCUGCUGACAUUACAAAAGCCGUAAGUGUUGAAAAAGGCAAUGGCAAAGGUGAUUUGAACAAAACUGAGGUUAAGCAGCCACUGCCACCCUUAGAAGCAAAGAAUUCGCCUGUAAUUAAGAAUUUCAACAUAAGUGAUAGACAUGAGAUGGGGCGCUACAGCACUCCGACAUGGUGUGCACUGCACAAUGCUUACAUUGGCCCUGUUCUACCGAGUAUGGCACACUUAGUUGAUUUUCUAGUGAAAACAGGGAACAGAAAGAUUGAGCCUGGGUAUAUCUGUAGUGGAGGGGCAUAUGUAGCAGAAAAGGCCAUGCAGCACCACUGUCACAUAUUACUACCUGUGCCAACAGGCCAUGUUUUCCUGGAGUGUUAUGUUUUGAUCGGAAACCCCCUUACGUUGGAUAUGUCUGUGGCCGAUGUCCAGCAGGGUUUUUUGGAAAUGGUCGAAUUUGUACCAAAGUCCCCAGACCAGAUGGAUACAGAGUCGUGCGACUCCCUUGCUCAUGUGCUGACCUGUCUGGAUGUAAGGCACACUGGUCCUCAGCUGUCUCGCUCUGUUAGCCCAGCACAAGCUAAACAGCCUGGCUGGUUCAUUCUGUCUGCCUGUGCACAGCUAGUGCCUCACACGCAGCUCCACAUCGUUUUCCGAUUUGCGAGUUCCAGAUCUGGCUGCAAAGAGAAGCAUGGAGAUGAAAAGGCAAUAAAUACUCGUGUCUACAAGAAGCUUAAGCGAGUGUUUGUGGUGUCAGCUGCUAGCGGGUUGCACUGUGCUUACAGUGGUGUAACUCCAUCGAUACGAAUGGAGCUCCUGCCACACGCAGCUGGAGCAAGGCAGCAGGUUCUUGGUCUUUUAUCAACUUCUGUGAAAAAUAAACUCAAUCGUUCUGCUGCUACACACUUCCCUGUUGGUAUAGGCAGAAGUACUGACAGACCAGCAAAUUUGGAUAAUAUGUAUCUUCCUUCUGCCCUAGUUUCAAGACCUCCCCAAAGCCAUGUGGAUUUUAUUGGAAGAAAUAUUGAAGAUGCUAGAGGCUCUCACCAGGAAGACAUUUUAAAGACGUCAAGAAACAUAUAUUCCCUUCUUUCCCAAACCCAAAUUCCAAGAACAGAAACUACAUACUUUUUGGAAAGAAACCCCAGAGUCAUUAACACUCCAUCCUUCCCAAUGAAAAGGAAGACUUCCCAGGCUCAGACAUCGUCAGAAACAAACCCUGAUAUGGAGUCCAAAGCACCUAAGAAACAAUCUUUUCUUGAAAAAAGAAGUGAUGCACACAACUCCCUUCUGCACGAGGAGCCAGACCCCAAAGCCACAACUGCCAGCGUGACAACCCAUACCCCUCUCCAUUUUAAACAAUACACACCAGGUACAACACAGAUUGUUCCUUCUCACCACAACACAAAUGCAAGUUCCUUGUUUGCAAGGCCACAUGCUGUUCAGCAAACUCAUUCCAAGGAUGGCUACUCUCCCAAGAAAUGGCCUGGUCGAGCCGCAAUCUUGAAGAUUAAACCAUCCCGAGAUUUCCCACCAGAGCAGCAGCGAGUAUCUCCUUUGGCAACACGUCUCACCUCCCCUUUCCAUUUAGUAGGUUCUUCCCUUCAUACAGGUCCCUGGAGUGCUAACAUCCCAGCAGGGUCUGCUCCCCAAGCAAGGCUCCCAGCACAGACCACAGCAGCCGGAAAGACGUACCACGCAGCAAUGGAUCAUGCGGAACUGCCAAAAACCAGGAGUGGGACCCAUCAGAAAGUUGUUUGUGCUAAUACGCCGUGCUUUACUGGUGUGCAGUGCGAGCUGGCUGAACAUGGAGGAUUUAAAUGUGGGCCUUGUCCCACUGGGUACAGUGGUGAUGGAAUUACAUGUGAAGUGCAGUGUGAUCCACCAUGUGAGCACGGAGGAACUUGUCUAUCUCAAAAUACUUGUUCUUGUGCUUAUGGAUUUGUUGGUCCUCGAUGUGAAACAAUGGUGUGUAACAGACACUGUCACAACGGUGGGAUCUGUGUGUCACCAGAUGAAUGCAAAUGCAGAAAUGGAUGGAGCAGUCCUUCUUGCGAAACAGCUGUGUGCAACCCUGUGUGCUUGAACGGAGGAAUCUGUGUGCGGCCAAACAUGUGUGCGUGUCCUUAUGGUUUCUACGGGCCACAGUGCCAGAGAGCUGUUUGCAUUCCGCCUUGUAAGAACGGUGGUCACUGUGUUCGAACCAAUGUGUGCUCCUGUACCGAGGGCUACACUGGAAGAAGGUGUCAGAAAA